AUGGUGGCAUCUCUGUUCACUUUCUCCUCUACUUCACGAAGGGUAGUCCCUACCCCAAACUCUCCUCCUCUUCGAAUAUACAUCAAAGCCACCAACAUUGUUUUCAACCUUGAUAUUCCCGAUGUUCAUCGAGGUCUUGGACUCGAUGAUUUUGUUAAUUUCUUAGCCUCCUGCCGCCUGCGAUACGCUAUCAGUGACAUUCCAUCAGAGUUCUUCCCUGAACAAGUCUGUGAAUUCUACUACACCGCAACAGUCAAUGAUGAAAACAAUGUCAUCACCGGGACCAUUGGCCAUGGAAGACACUCUGUCUUUAUUACCGCAGAACUUCUCAGUGCUGCACUCAGGUUACCUAUCUUUGAACCAUUCUCUGAACUUCCUUCUAUUGAACGCUGUCGACGUCUAUUCGAUCAACUGGGAUAUGAUCACUCAAAGGCUGGUGCUCAAUCAACUCUUGUUCUGCGCCAAUGUAUGACCCCAGGAUGGAAGUUCUUCACCGGUGCUCUGUGCAAAUGUGUGGGUCACAAGUCUCGAAGUGGUGAUCAACUGAGCACCUAUGAGCAACAAGUUGUCUGCUCACUACUUUUCAACAAAAGACUUGAUUAUGGGGCCUUUUUAUUUGAUCAACUUGUUCAGCUUCUUCAUGCAAAUGUACACGCUGAUCACGUUCCCUUCCUACACUGGAUUACUCUUAUGCUCGAUAAAUUUUUUGCUGCAGAUUACUUCUCGCACUCUGGAAAUCCUAUUCAAUGCCCUCGCAUGUGA